AUGAGAAAAUUUCAUCUACAACUAGUGUUGUAUGAUGAUGGAAGACGAAUCAGAGGGAGAUCAAUCAGAAGCUCACGACUAUUCGGAGCCAAUAGAACUAGACGAGGAGCAAGGUAGUGGAGAAUUUUCUGACGAGGGUUCUGAACAGGAUGCUGGAGAUGAUAUCGAGACCACAAGCAAUAAUAAUCCCUACGGUGAAGGUACAUCACUGUCAGUUGGCAGUAAAGUGACAAAAAGAUCAAGCAGGCGAACACUUAAUGAACGCCGAAGUAAAUCUGUGCAACAACUUGUCAGUUCUUCGUCAUAUUCUGAUGGACCAGAAGUUACAUAUCACCGCAAUGCAAGAAAGAGACAAGCAUCUCCGUCGCAACUAGAUCUACAUCAAAAUUUAUCACCUGAUAAUAUUGAAAUUGAGAUACCUAAUGGCUCAAAACAAAAUACAAGACUCCCAGGAUUGGGUAAGACUGCAAUACUAUCUGGGAGAAUAAUGAAAAAAGACGAGUCGGAAAAUAAAUCUGAAACACUUCCAACGUCUCGAAAUGAAUCCACAGCAAAAAUACCCGUGCGAACUCCAGAUCACCUCGACGAAGAUUCAGACAAAAAGCAAACCGAUCGGUUUGUAUCAAAGCGACUGAGUAGAUCAGCCGAGAUUCUACCGCUACAAAAUAUGUCCCCUCGAAACCAGUUUAGCAAAAACUCUAAAAUGUCUGGAUCAGCUGUAAAAUUACCUCUUCUUCGUCGCUCAACUUCUGCAGCAAAUUAUCUAAUGGGUGAAAAAUAUGCAAGGACAGCGUCGCUAAUGACAACAACUCAUUUACCCGGAUUUAUCGGAGCUCCUAAAUCCAAACAAUCGGAAAGCAUGACACUGGGCUGUUGGAGACAGGAAAAUAGUCCAGGAACGUCCGUAAAAGGAAAGGUACAGAUGAGUUCCACGGGGAGUGGAUCGGACCAGACGCAGGAACAAAAGAAUUCGCUUACUGGGGGUGAUGCGAACGAAAACAAAAGAAAAACCCGCAGGAGUUCGGAAGAUUUUACUCUCAUUCCUACACAAUUUACGUCCUCCAUCGCGGUAUUUGACGAUUUGUCGAAAUUUAAGUCAAAGAGGAAAAAACAAAAUGUAGAAGUUAUCGACUCCCAAAUGUCUUUGCCACCGUCCGCUAAUCCGCCUCCUAAUACGCAAACUACUUCGGUGACAGGACUAACGAAAUUCGCUAAAGAUGCUGAAAAAGAAAGAUUCAGGUUGAAGUUACCAGAAGGUGUCUGUUCCGAUCCUCUGCUAAGUAAACUUCGUAUGGAAAGUGGCGAUAUUGGAAUAGCCGCACGAAGACCUUCUGAGUCGCCUUUAGUGGCUAUUAGAAGACAUGAUAGAAAACAAUGCGCUAAAAAAGUAACACCGGUUAAGCUGAAGCAUAGCCGAAAAAGCGAACAUAAAAAUGUGGGAAGAGGAAUAGAGAAAAAAGAAAGCGACUAUGAAAUAAACAAUGAAAUUGAAGCAAAAUUGCGUGAGGUUCAAAGACUGAAGGAAGAAAAAGAGAAAAGGCGUCGAAAAAAACACUCUCCACCUAAUCCAGAUCUUGGAUCUAUGUUGUCAAAAAAGCCUUCUGAUAAUAUGCUAAGGAUUCGGAAACGAUCGGAAGAAGUCAAGCAGUCAGCGGGUAAACCAAGUACCAGUAGAAAACCAUGGCCGUUUGAAGCACAUAGUGAACAUCAUUUAGCAGGAAGAGCAGGCGUGCUUGAGCAUCUUGCUUUGGUGGAUAAGCAAUUGCAAAUGAGUGGGAGCUUUGACAAUUUACUGAAGAAACGAUGGGAGAGGAUGGCGCAGGACGGGGAUAGAGAUGACAAUGGUGCAUUUCUAACAACAGUCGGAAAGUUUGUUCCUCUGGAUCAUUCCAUUGUUCUUGUCGGUCGAACACCAUUGCCAGAUGGCUCUUUCAAAAAGACAGUUGUUCUUGGAACACUGAUGAAUAAAUUACCUGAAAAGGAAGAGGUUGGAUCUGGUGAUUCCAUGGUAACCUUGAAUUCAUCAGCUGUCGAGUCUCCGAUUGUAGUCAGAGGAAAUGAUUUUUUUGAAGGCGGGGGUGAUACUAGUGCUGCGAUUAAACCAACUUUGAUACAAGGGGAAAAUACACGAAAUAUGCAAAUAUAUAAUAAGCAUGACGAUACCGAGAAAUUAGGAAAGGACGAAAGGACGGGUAAGAAAAAUCUAAGGAGUUUUGCGAGAAAAAUGAGCAAGGGAUUUACAGAUAAGACAAAGACUGCUACUCGAAACGUUGUCACAAAGCAACAAGAAAGGAUGCGUAGGAUGUCUACAGCUGUUGGUGGAAUCACCAGGAAUAUGAGGAAACGAGGGAAAAAUAUAGAAGAAGAAGACAUUACACCGGUACAGGCUGAAGCACAAGACACCGGCCGGGCAACAUCUGAAGAUGGCGAUUCAGCAUUUUACAGUUCUGAAGAUGAACCGUUCGAUGAAACUAUUCUGCAGCAAUGUGAAGGUCGGAAUAUAUUUAUAGGUAGACGAAGCCGUCCAGAACCCAUUUCAGGAAAAAGGAAGGUUCGGAGAAAAGACGUACUCUGGCAUAUUCCCACUGAACAUGAUACCUGCCCAAUUGCAAACUCUGAUGCAUUAAAUCGCAAAAUGCGUGAAUUGAGAAUCGAAAUUCGCCAAUCUACCGACUUAAAUUUGAAGAAAUGGAGAAUUGGCAAAGAAGGCUGGGUUGGUGAAACGGGUAGCAAAUUAAGUUUUGAUGCACCAAACGAAAGAGGCGACUUCACUGUCGAUAAUCUUAUAUCAAACGAAGAAAACUGGGAGAGACAGAUGAGACAAAUUAAAAAGGCACUUGGAGUUUUAGCCAGAGAAUCCAGGCCAGAUUUAAAUGUCAAGGCGUUACCGUAAACUAA